GGCGCUCUUCCCGAAUUUUGGGGAGUCUUCUUGUCAGUAUUACGUGCACCCCUGGUUACCGACUCUCCUCUGUCGGCAUAGGCUGCAUGUGGGGGGGACGGGCUCCCACAGUCCUGCUCGGCGGAGGGGCCGCCCUGCUCCUGUCGUUUCUUUGGAUGCCAGUCCUGCUGCCCGCGGCCUCUCGCUUUCUAUCCCGAGCCCUGCUGUCCAUGGCCGCCGAAGUGCCCCCGUCCCAGCCCUCGCCAGCCGCAGGCUCCGGCUAUGUUCCCGGAUCGGUCUCUGCAGCUUUUGUCACCUGCCCGAACUCGAAGGUCGCCACGGAGAUCGCCAGGGCCGUGGUGGAGAAGCGCCUGGCAGCCUGUGUGAACCUCAUCCCUCAGAUCACAUCCAUCUACGAAUGGAAAGGCAAGAUCGAGGAGGACAGUGAGGUGCUGAUGAUGAUCAAGACUCAGAGUUCCUUGGUCCCAGCUCUGACAGAAUUUGUUCGUUCCAUACACCCGUAUGAAGUGGCAGAGGUGAUCGCGCUGCCUGUGGAGCAGGGGAACUCCCCGUACCUGCAGUGGGUGCGGCAGGUCACAGAGUCGGGCUCUGACUCCAGCACCAUCCAGCCAUAAUCACUUCCCAGAUUCCCAUACUCUCUGCCUUCCAGGUGAUAACUGGGCCCCCCAAUAAAUCCUGUCUUUGAUUC